CGCCCUCCUACCGUCCGGCCCCGCUGUUGGGCGCGGCGGCGGCGAGCGGAGCCGGCGCUGGUCGGUGUUGUGUGCUGCCCGGGGCACCGGUUCUCCUCCGCGUCUCGGCCCACGCCGCAGCCCCUCGACGGGAGGCCGUCAGCACCUUCGAGACAACAGAGUGAAGAGUUGUCAGGACACCGAAGGAGACUGAGGCAAAACAAAGGGUAAACUUAUGUUCAGGAAGUUAAUUGAUACCUCCAAAGUCCAUAGCUCAAAAAUUAUAGCUCUGUUCUAUUAAACAAGACUUUUUCCUGAGAAUGCUUAUUAAUUAAUAUGGUUGCAUGGGUGGCAAUCAAAGGUAGAACUUGGGGGCUAAAAGAUACUCUCCCACUCACAUGGUCACAUUCUUAAAUUACCAAGACUUCAACCUUUAAAUACUGAAUAGUGAUCAGGAUAGCAUCUGGUAGCUCUUUAAGUGUUAGCAUAGCUGGUGUGCCAGAAACAAUUAACAAGAUAGUAUAAAAAUUGAACAUCCUUCUGAAUAACACAGGAAGAAUGCAAUAAGAGUUGAGCAUGUGAGUAUCUUUAGCCAACUCUGUCAUCAAGUGGGAAAACAGCACAUAAUGAAGCCGAUCAACUCCUGUUUCUUCAAAGAAGGAACAAUGGGUCUCCUAAGGAUAUGUCUUUUUGGUCUCUCCUUGCUUUAGUAGGCCAUGGAGGGUCAGGAACUGCCUUACGUGCUCAUUGACUGUAUAGGAGGGAAGCAUGGAGUAUAUGAAGACCACGUUGAAUUUCUGGAGAAACAUUUUCAUCUCAUCAGCAUGAAAGAAUAUCUUGAAAACAAGAAAUCUCUCAGUGAAAAGAUCAGAGCUAUUUAUAUGUGGUAUCACAAACCAGUUAUUAAUGAAGAGCUGCUCCAGAGCUUGCCUAACUUGAAGAUAGUUGCAAGCUCUGGAGUGGGAAUAGAUCACUUGAACCUGCACCUCCUAUCCAGCUAUGGUGUGAAGGUGGCCAACACUCCAUUUGCAGUUUCCACUGACACUGCAGACUUUGGGAUGGCUUUGAUGCUGGCAUCUUCCAGGAGACUUGUGGAAGGCUAUCAGAUGGCAGUCUCCCCCAACACAGAGUAUUUCCCUGCAGACUGGCUGGGGGCUGAAGUUUCUGGAGCAACCCUGGGGAUCGUGGGGAUGGGAACCAUUGGCUACAAAGUGGCCCAGAGAGCCAAAGCCUUUGAGAUGAAGAUUUUGUACCACAACAGGAAUCAGAGAAACAAGGAAGAAGAAAGUGCCAUUGGAGCUGUUUACUGUAAGAAGAUAGAUGAUUUGCUCCAGCAGUCAGAUUUUGUGUUGCUGUCUGUAGCCCUGACUCCACAGACACACAAAAUGAUUGGGAAGAGGGAGCUGGAGCUGAUGAAACCCACAGCUACGCUGAUAAACAUCAGCAGAGGUCUGGUUGUGGAUCAGGAUGCUUUGGUGGAAGCCCUUCAGAAAAAAGUUAUUAAGGCAGCCGCUUUGGAUGUGACGUAUCCUGAACCCUUGCCAAGGAAUCACCCCUUGUUAAAGCUGAAGAAUAUUAUAAUAACUCCUCACAUUGGAAGCGCCACCAAAAAGACACGCCGCCUAAUGAUGGAAGACAUGACAGAAAGCAUACAAGCAGGUCUUACAGGUCUUCCUAUCCCUAAUGAAGUAUUACUGUAAAGCGGCCUGCAUUUAAUGUGUCAUUAGUGUUUGUCCUGGUGUGAUGAAACAGUAAUUUGAUCACUCUUCAUGCAAUUAUGCUUGGUGUGUAUAUACAGAUCAAAUAUAAUUGUUCUGGUUUCAGCUGGGGUAGAGUUAAUUUCCUUCCUAGUAGCUGGUGCAGUGCUGUGUUCUAGCUUUAGUCUGAGAACAGUGCUGAUAACACACCGAUGUUUUAGUUGUUGCUCAGUAGCACGCACUUACUCUGAUCACGACUUUUCAGUCUCUCACGCUCUGCCAGUGCAGAGGGGCACAAGAAGCUGGGAGGGAGCAGAGACAAGACACGUGACCCAAACUAACCAAAGGGGUAUUCCAUAUCACAGCACGUCAUUCCCAGUAUAUAAACUGGGGGGUGUCACCUGGAAGGGGCUGAAGACUGCUCAGGUUGGGCUGAAUAUCAAUUGGCAGUUGGUGAGCAAUUGCAUUGUGCCUCACUGCUGUUUACUGGGUUUUUUUCUUUCCCCUUCUAGUUUUGUCUUUUCUCCCCUUGUUAUUUUCCUUAUCAUUAUUAGUAGUACUAUUCUAUUGUACUUUAGUUAUUAAACUGUUCUUAUCUCAA